GCUCGGGAGGGGGGGGAGCUGGGAGGACACCGCAUCCCUCGCACCAUGCAGCCCCGUGGGGAGAUGCCUCCACCAGCCCCCACCGCGGGGGACACACAGGGCUCGCCCACCCUCGGCCGUGCCUCAGUUUCCCCCAUGUCCCCCGCGUUAAAUGGAGGAGCUGGAGGGGGGGGGCGCAGCGCAUCCUUCGACCCACGCAGCCCCGUGGGGGGACGCCCCCUCCCACGUCCCUGAUGUGGAGGACACGCGGGGCUUCCCCCCCCUCCCCGCUGCAAGCCCAGCCCCGCCGUAUCUGGAUUGGCAGCCGCCGCGCCCCAUGGCCGCGCCGGUCCCGCAGGGGCGGCCAAUCCCAGCGGAUGGGAGGUGACACCGCCCGCCCCGGCAUCUCCGUCCCCCCCGCACCGCCGGGUGUCUCUCUCGCAGGUGGCAUCAUGGGGACAGGCUGUGCUGCUGCACCCAGGACCUGUCCUGCCAGCACCGAGCACCCACGCCAGCCAGCCCCGGCCUCGCACUGCUGAGAGGGAGCGGUGACCGAACCUGGGCAUGUGCUGCUGGACUAUGCCAUGUCCCCCCCCGGCCGGCGGGCAGUGCCGGCACCUUGAGGACACAGCGAGCCCUGACAGGGACACCAGGACGCCGGGGUGCCCAGCGCCACCAUGGCCCAGGGCUGGGAUACAGCGCUGCCCGGGAUGACGACGGGCAGCUGGUCACGGAGCUCCAGCAGCGAGGCCAGCCUGGCUCCCCACUGCCUCCUCAGCAAGCAGAGCCGCCUGCUCAAUGGGACCACCCGGGGCAGCCGGGCCACCUCCCCCAUGGGCCGCGUCAUCCUCAUCAAUACCCCCAUCGAAGCCAGCAGCAACGAGAGUGAUGUCAUCAAUGCCAUCACGGUGGAGAAGAGCGUGGAUGGCAAGCUGGGCUUCAGCGUCCGUGGCGGCUCCGAGCACGGGCUGGGCAUCUUUGUCAGCAAGGUGGAGGAGGGCAGCGCUGCUGAGCAGGCCGGGCUGUGUGUGGGUGACAAGAUCACAGAGGUGAACAGCGUGAGCCUGGAGAACAUCACCAUGAGCAGUGCCGUCAAAGUCCUCACUGGCAACAACCGCCUCCGCAUGGUGGUCCGGCGGAUGGGCCGUGUGCCGGGCAUCAAGUUCUCCAAGGAGAAGACAGCGUGGGUGGACGUGGUGAACAGACGCCUGGUGGUGGAGAAAAGUGGCUCGACGCCAUCGGAGAGCGGCUCUGAGGAUGGGGUGCGGCGCAUUGUCCACCUGUACACCACCUCUGAUGACUACUGCCUGGGCUUCAACAUCCGUGGUGGCAGGGAAUUUGGCCUUGGCAUCUAUGUUUCCAAGGUGGACCCUGGGGGGCUGGCGGAGCAGAACGGCAUUCGGGUAGGAGACCAAGUCCUUGCAGCCAACGGAGUCAAGUUCGAAGACAUAAGCCAUAGCAAGGCCGUGGAAGUGCUCAAGGGGCAGACCCAUAUCAUGUUAACCAUCAAGGAGACCGGCCGAUUCCCUGCCUACAAGGAGAUGGUGGCCGAGUACUGCUGGCUCAGUCGCUUGACCAACGGGCAGCUGCAGCAGCUCUCUCAUGCCUCGGAGACCAGCUCCUCCGUCUCCUCCUACUCCUCUGGGCCAGUGCCAGGGGCUGUGAAUGGGCUGGGAACAGCUGCCCCAGGACCCACCAUCCACACUGUGGACGUGGCCAUCUCCACGGAGGAUGGGCCACGACGGAGCUGGGCGCGGGAGCGUGCAGAGAGGGCCAUGCAGACUGAGCCGGCUGCCGAGGGUCUACCAGAGACACGGCGCACGGUGCGACCCCCCGAGCUGCUGCGGGACACCGCCAUCCGGGACAAGGGUGCCCGCGAGCUCCCUGGCACCCACCCGCGCAGGACCUUCACCCACUCGCCCAAGACAGCACUGCUGCUGGCGCUGAGCCGGCCCCGGCAGCCCAUCACGCGCUCCCAGAGCGACCUCACUGUCGCUGAGGAGAAAAGGAAGAAGGAGAAGCCAGAGGGACAAGAAGCACGGGGAGCGAGGCCAGGUUUGCAUCGGUCCAAGACCCUCGUCAACCUCUUCUUCAAGGGUGGCCGUGCCACCAGCCAGAGCUGGGUUCCCCCCAGCCAGGAGCCCCCAGCUUCCGAACGCCGUGCACGCGCCAAGUCCCCGGGGCGCUCUGAUGGGGACAGAGUAGGUGCUGUGCAGAAGUUUGUCAUCCGGAGCCUGAAGCGGGGUAACAGGGGUGCCCGUGUGCCCAGGGUGGGGGCUGUGGAGCAGGCUCUGCAUGCGCCUGCUCCGUGCUGCAUGUGUGUCCAGCUCUGGUGUGGAUUGAGCUGGUGGGAUGGGAGGCGUUGUGGGGUGCCCAGGGUGGUUCUUGCCCCGCUGGCCACCCCUCCUUGUUGUACCCCCCCAGAGAAAAGCCGGCGUGCCAGUAUCCUGGGCCCUGCGGGCAUCGCUGCCCUGCAGCCCAACGGCAGCGACCCCGAGGCUCGGCUCCCGCACAUCCAGGACACCGCCGCACGCCUCCUCAGUCCUGACGAGGUGACAGCUGUGCUCCGCCACUGCUCCCGGUACCUGCAUGAGGGCAGCGUGGAGGAUUUGGUGCGGCCGCUGCUGGCCAUCCUGGACCGGCCUGAGAAGGUCCUGCUGCUGCGGGAUGUGAGGAGCGUGGUGGCCCCCACAGACUUGGGGCGGUUUGACAGCAUGGUGAUGCCUCUGGAGCUGGAAGCCUUCGACGCCCUGAAGAGCCGCUCAGUGCGCUCGCCUGCUCUCCGCCCAGCCCACCAUGACGUGCCCCCCAAGAGACACCUCAUCACACCAGUGCCUGACUAUCGGGGUGGGUUCCUGCUGAAGCCGGCAGGGGCCCCAGAGCUGGAGGAAGCUGGGGGGCUGCAGGCGAGCCCAGCCCGGCCGCGGGCCUCCCCCAGCCCCCGGCGGCUUCACCCCCGCACCUACACCCCACUCCCCGACGUGCCAGUGGAUGCCUACGCCUGCGCCAGCCGCCCCCCACGUGCUGCCAGCCCCCGGCCCCCCAACUGGCUGCUGGCUGAGCCCCCAUUGGCCGAGGGGCGUGGGCGCUCGCGCAGCCCCCGGCCCACCUGGCACAAGGAACUGCCUGGAUCAGUGCCUGAUGGAGGAGCUGAGGUUCUUGGGAAGCCCCGGCGAGCACGGUCCCCCCUUGCACCACUCUUUGGGGGGGCAGGGGGUGAGACAGCGGCGGGGACAGCCACCAAUGGCCCUGGGGAUGCUGGCAGGGAGGAAGAGGACGAGGAAGAGUACCGGCUGCUCACUGUUACCCUCUCUAAGCUGAAGCACUCGUUAGGGAUCAGCAUCUCUGGUGGCAUCGAGUCCAGGGCACAGCCGGUGGUAAAGAUCGAGAAGAUCUUCCCUGGGGGAGCUGCCUUUCUCAGCGGUGUCCUCAAGGCUGGGCAGGAGCUGGUGUCAGUGGAUGGGGAGAGUCUGCAGAAUGUCACCCACCAGCGGGCUGUGGACAUCAUCCGCCAGGCCUACCGCAACAAAGCCAAGGAGCCCAUGGAACUGGUGGUGCGGGUGGCCGGAGCACCCCCAGAAUGA